GGUUCACACCACGUGGGCAACCGGAUGAGGAGAGCAGCGUGGUUCGCGGUGCGUUGUGACGGUGUUUGAUUCCCGGUCUGCACUUUAUGUGUCGCAUCUUGAAUUCAUCUGAAAAUGACUGAAAUUAAACCGGAAACGGCUCCGAAGCCCAAAGAGCUGCUGGCUCUGAACCCGAAACAGGAGUCCGAGUUCAAGAAGAAGAUCCAGGAGGCAAAGAACAACAAGACCAACAAGGGAAGCCAUCUGACUCCCGGAGUGAUUUACGUCGGCCAUCUUCCCCUCGGCCUGUUCGAACCGCAGCUCAAAUCUUACUUCGAGCAGUUUGGGAAAGUCCUGCGGCUGCGGCUGUCGCGGAGUAAAAAGACAGGCGGCAGCAAAGGCUACGCGUUCGUAGAGUUCGACUGCGAUGAGGUCGCCAAAAUCGUCGCCGAGACGAUGAACAAUUACCUCAUGGGGGAGAGACUCAUCAAAUGUAACGUGGUUCCGCCGGAGAAGGUGCACGAGAAGCUGUUCGUCGGCUCCCAGCGGGAAUUCAAGAAGCCGUCUCAGCCGGCGGUGGCGCGCUACAACAAGCAGCACACGGAGGAGCAGAUCAUCAAGCUUCAAGACAAACUCCUGCGGAAAGAAUCCAAGCUCCGCAAGAGACUGGCAGCACACGGCAUCGACUACGACUUCCCCGGAUUUGCUGCCCAGGUCCCUCUGAAGAAAAAGUCCUCUGAUUCCAUGAAUGAGUCUACAUGCAGCACCGACAUCACGCCGGUCUGCACCCCGUCUCUCCUGGAGAGGAGGAAGUCCAUGGUCGUCAACGACGACGACGCAGAUGAUGAAAUCGUCGUCAGGAUGCCCGCUGUGGUGAAAGACGAAGAGUGCUCCUCGGAGGAGGAGGAGGAGGAGGAGGAGGAGGGAGAGGAGGAGGAAGGUGAGAAGGAGGAGGAGGAGGAGGAGGACGAUGAGGACUCAGAGAGCGAGGACGCCUCUGAAGAGGACGCGGAGGCGGAGUGAAGGUCCUCGCUGUGUGAUUGUGGACUGUCGGAGUACAGAUGCAAACGUCGGGGUCGCGUGCGGUCUUGGAUUUGCGUCGAGAGUCGCGGGCCAGCUUUGAACUGUGUACAGAACUCAGUGUGUCCGUCUGUGUGUGCGAAUCACGUUACGUUGGAAAAAGAAGCUCUUACGGAAAAAGACUUGCGGGCGCCGUCGAUGGUGCUCGCAACAUCGCCAUAAAGAGCCCGGUUUACGGGCAGCAACUUCUUCAACAUUAAUGUGCAUUUGAGUCUUUGGAGCGGGCGGUUUUUAUUUGCCAUGAAGGCUUUAAAGUUGAUACAGAAACAGACUUUCUUUCUUUGUCUCACGGCCACAACGGCUACAGAGCGUGGUUGAAUUUGUAUAAUGUAAACUAUGAUCUAUAAAAAAUAAAUGAUGUGAGAAGGUACUCAUGAGCUGUCCUUUUAAUACACAAUAUACACAGAUAAUGAGAGAAUAUAAUCAAUAACAAAUAUCUGUAGAAUACACAAUACGCAGAAUAUCCUACAAAAUAAAAUAUUAUAAACUAUGAAAUAGAAAUAUACAGGGAGGUAAAGAAACUAUAAAGCAGAGAGUUUUCUUUUAGAGGUGUUUAUAAUAAAAGAAUAAAUGAUUUAAUUUCAGGGUUGAGAUGUUGUGCUUGCUCCCUGUAGAUAAACUCUUUGUUAAUCUUAAUAAAACUUCUCUUCCUACUAUAAAUCAGUGCUUCUCAAUCUGGGGUUCGGGGAGCCCCGGGAGUUUUUUAGGGGGUCCAAAUGGGGAAUAUUUUAAAUGAAAAGACUAGAACAGCGCUCCCAUUAAACCUUUUUAAUGUUGCCACGUGGUCGUAAACACACACACACACACACACACACACAUAUUGAUCACAGGUUACAGAGUCACAGCUCAAAUUAAUGCAAAUACUAAAUAAACCAAAUUAAAUCUCUUUCAAACCUUUGAGGAUAAUGGUGUCGAGGAAGUGUGUCCAAUACGUCUCCUGCUGGAGGUUUCUGUCCCUCUUCCCGCCUCCUCCUGACACCUUCACAGUGUUCCUUUGUAUACAGUGUGUUUACUGUGUGCUGGUUUAAUCACAUGUAUCAAUAUUUGCUUCCUAAAAGAAGAUAUCUGAGUUAGUAAUAAAUCGUUUUCCUUCCAAAUGGCCACAACAGAUCAUUCAAUUAAUGUUUUUUAACACGUUAUUUUUCAAUUUUGAUCUAAAUGAAUGUGUUUUCUUUGUGGUAGACGGACACUUUUUAGGGGUUUAUAAUCUGUACAUCGUAGUUUAACGUGUUUUGUUUCUUGUUGUUUUUGCUGAAUGUGUGUCGGCCAUAUUUCUGUACAUCGAGUGCAACGUAUAAAAAACAUACCUGGUCAAUAAAAGUGAUUCUGACUUUG